AUGGCAUAUGCCUCGAGCGCCAAUCCGCAGACAGUGUCUGCCAAGAAGCCCAAAUAUGACACAACGGAUAUGGAAUGUUAUACCGAGACCAACGGGGUCAUUACUACUACAAUGUUUGACGUCCCCGGGUAUCGUGUCGUGAGAGUCCUAGGAACUGUUUACGGAAUGACAGUACGCACUAGGAACUGGGCUGCAGGCAUCGGCAUGGGGCUGAAAAGCAUGGUGGGCGGCGAGCUGAAGUGGUUCACAAACAUGAUGUAUUCCGCUCGUAACGAAGCGGUCUCUCGCGUGGUAGAUGAGUGCCAGAAGCGGCAGGGCAAUGCAAUCAUCGCAAUGCGCUUCGACGUCGCUGAUUUGGCUGGAUUCACGCAAGUUUGCGCAUAUGGAACCGCGGCCUUGGUAGAGAAGGUUGACGCGAACGCUGCUGAGGCCCCACAGCUGGCGAAGACCACCUGA